CGUACUCCAAUUGCCCUAACUGAUAAUGAAAAGAUAAUGGUAUUAUCUGUUCACUGUUAUCUUCAAAAAAAUAUGCCCAAACUAAAGUCAAAGGAAACCACCAAUCUUCGUAAAGAAGUUUCCUUGGCAACAGGAGUUGGUGAAGCAACCGUCGCUCAUGUAGUUGCUGAUUUUAAUAGGACUGGAAAGAUUGUAUCAUCAAAACAAGGUCAACGGGCUCCCAAAGAGUUUCAAGCAGAAUAUGCGAGAAAUUAUUGGGAAACGAUUGACGAUGAAAUAAAUGACGAGAGUGAUGAUAGUGACAAUGAAAGUUUAGAUUUUUGCUCAGGGGACGAAGAUUUUUGUGAUUUUUGUUCAGAAAACGAAAAUUUUGACGAUCGCUUAUAG